AUGUUUAGAAGGAAAACAACUGCAGCAGAAAUGGAACAAGCGAAUCCAACAGCUGUAGCAGCUGCAGCAAGUAUCGGCAAAUUGUUUAUGAAGAAGGGGAAUCAACCAGAAAACAAGCAAAAGUCGACCUAUCGUUCAGCUUCCAUGACAAAUUUGAGGAAACCUACUGCUUCCAGAAGAAUGUCUUCUAUUUCCAGCACAUCAUCAGAGUCUGUGCGGGGUAAAGGUAGAGGUAAUUCCGGGAAAUUAAACAGUCUUAAUCAACGGUCGUCGAUGGGGAGGGAAAACAUGCCAAAUCCUUCUCCAAAGAAAGCAUCACUGCAUAAAAGUAGCUCUCACUACCGAACUUCGAGUCUUCCUAAUCAAAGAGGCCAAUCAAGCAGAAACAAUUCUGGCCUGCAACGCGAGAAAUCUAAGAAACAUCAGAGGAUAAGCUAUGAUGAGGCUCAGCGCACGUUCAAGGAUUUUGGUGGACCACAGGCUAAGGGUAUUCUAACCAACCGACAGCGUCCUAAUAACAGCAGUGGUUCUCCUCCCUUAAAAACUAUGCGAAAAUAUAUUCCUGGGCCUAACGGGUUGAUUGCAAUUGAGGUUCCAAUCGAAAAACCAAAUAAAAUUAAUACUUCUAGAUCGUUAAGACGUUCAAACUCUGCCCACAGUACCUUGAAUGUAAAGAACUGUUCACCUAUAAGGAAGAAAGUCUCCCAAGAAUCUCUACAUUCCCAACCAAAAGGAACUUCGUCCUUAAGGAACACAUCAAAUUCUCAAAGAAAACAAGGUGAAGAGCCGAAACUCUCAAAGACGUCUACAACAAAUAUAAAUGUUCCUCUUAUUGAGACACAGGUUCGUGAAGAAACAGAUCAGGAGCUGAGGCUCGAAAAUUCCAACACUUCCGAAUCAGACACAGUAGUCAAUAGCGAAAAUAAUGUAGAAAAGCCCUCUUCAUUGAAUAGUGAAAAUGAUGACCUAAGAAAACUGAUACAUGGGAAUAUUGAGUUGGAAACUUUCAUUAAGGAGGAGGAAAAUGGGAAAUCUUCAAAAUUUAGUCAAGAAAACGUCGUCGUAAACAGGUUGAUUACGGAGAAGGGUGUCAAGAAAUCAAACACCGAACAUAAAAUGGCUACUGUCGAUGGCGAAAAGCCUUCUAACUCUGAUAAAGUAUAUCGUAUGGUUGCGGAAAAACCAGAAUGUGAGGAACAAAAUAGUUUGGUGGAAAAGCACCCUCUUUCCAAGGCUGAAAACCUUGACAAGCAAGUUGAACGAUUGGACCAUGAUUUUUCCAACGAUAGUUCUUCUGUAAAAGAAUUAGCUGACAAUCGCAGCUCAGAAAGUGCCGAUCAUACCCAAAUGAGUGAUAUAACCUGCUCUCCCGCACAAGACCCUAAUAAAAAACCUAGUUCAAUACAAGAUAAUGAUAUUUCGGAGGGUAUCGAAAGUACGAUUAAGGCUAAAAAAGAGGAUAAUCCUUCCGUGGAAUUAUCUCCCACUAGUACUUAUUCCAAAGAGGAAAGUAUAGGCGACCCCAACGAUGAGUACUUUGAUACAACAGACAAGGAAACUCAAAAAGCAAAUGAACAGAUUCCUUCCCACAAAAACCAUGAUAAUAUGCAAGCAGAAUCAACACCGUCUUUGGCACAAUACCUCAGGACUUCAAAUACUUACCUUUCUCCAAAGAAUCCACCGAAUCAAGCUGGGCAAGAAAAGCUCCUCAAACCUGAAAUUAACAUGGUAUCUGUAGCUAAAGCUGUCACGCCAAUCAAAUCUGCUCUUAAGAAAUCAUCUGGGUUAUCCAACCACAAUUCAUCCAUGUACUCUGAUAGCUCUCCCGCCAACGGUGCAUAUUUGUCUCUCACGACUGCUGAAAAUACAAGACUAAAUGCUCAAAUGACCAUACCUGACAGCGUAUCACGUAGGACUAGCGUAAAACGCUCUUCCGUGAAAAGGCCACAGUCAGUGGGUCAAUUCAAAAACAAUAGAUCGAGUUCACCUUCUCCUCCGGAAAAAGUAAACAAUAAGCGUCACUCCGCUAUACCAUUAGGGACCCCAGAAAAAGCUAAACCGCAAAGAAAUUCAGUAACGGCUUCGUUCUCUAAAACUACGCAGCAAAGCCAAGAGCCAGCAAAUGUGCCAGGGCCAAUCGGCCAAAAAAAAUUCAAAAGCAAAACCGAUAACAAAAGCACCAAUACGAAUAUAAAGAGAGGUUCACAGAUUGUACAAAACGAUAAGCACUUAACGAAGGAUGUGAGCAAUGUUUUAUACCCUAAGGAGCCGCCUCCUCGCAAGUCUAGUUUUGAGAAAAUAAGGAGUAAUGAAUCUCAUCUCGGAUUUAAGAAGCUUUCUUUGAGAAAUGGUAUCUCAGAAGAAGCGUUAAAUGACUGUUAUGUUGCUCAUGCUAACGAGAGCAAUGCAAAUGUUAGUCAAACUGAAACAGCACAGGAGUUUUUUAAAAGUCUGGGCCACCCCUCUAGGUUUGCAGAUUCGGAUUCGGAUGAUGACUCCCAAUUUCUCAGUCAAAGCUCAUCAAAACACAAUGCAGAAACAGAAAGUAGCAAGGUCGGCAAUAGCAGGAGUGGUAUUAGUAACAAAGGUGCCUUUUCACUUUUUAAGAGCAAGAACAAGAAGAAAGAGAACGACGUUACUUCCUCAGAAAUUUCACGGCCUAAUCACAAUAUUAUAAAUCCUGCCGCUCAAAGUACAAAAGUAAGCAAGAAACUCAGUGGCGCAUCCUUAAGAGCUGCCAGUGAGGCUCUACCUGCAAAAGCUGCAAGUCCCCCGAUGAGCAAUAGGCUAAGAUUUUCUAGUAACCCAGGAAACAGCGAAAGCAGACACUCACAAUCACAAGAAAUCAAUGAUACAAGAGAAAAGAAGGGCGGCGGGUUUGGCAAAAAACUAAAGAAAAUCUUUAGUAAAAAAAAGUAG